AUGUUUUCACUGAUACUCCAUGGAAGAAGGUCGGUGGAGAUGCAGAAAUGGCGUAAUUUGAGGGUUUCAGCGAAGCUUCUGCAAAAUGCAUUUGCUUUCUCGAGCUCCUCUGCAAAUGCUGGAGACGUGAGCACUCGAGGAAAUACAUUCACCGUCUCUUAUCUCGUUGAAUCAUUGGGUUUAACAAGGAAACUCGCGGAAUCGAUCUCGAAGAAAAUCAGCUUCGAAGACAAGUUAAACCCAGAUUCAGUUCUAAACCUUCUUAGAAGCCAUGAGAAAUUCGAAGAAACGCUCAAGAAAGUCAUCGACAUGGGUUUUGAUCCGACCAAGUCACAGUUUGUGGAGGCUCUGCACGUUGUGUACGAGAUGAGCGAUAAAACGAUAGAAGAGAAGGUAAACGUGUACAAAAGGUUAGGCUUUAGUGAGGAAGAUGUAUGGAAGAUUUUCAAGAAGUGGCCUUUCUUUCUGAAAUUCUCGGAGAAGAAGAUAAUGAAGACGUUUGAAACCUUGAAGAACUGUGGUCUGACGGAGGAAGAGGUUCUCUCGGUGCUGAAGUCGCGUCCGCAAUGCAUACGAGACUCAGAGAAGAAGAUACUGGACUCCAUUGAAACGUUUGCAGGGUUAGGAUUCAGCAGAGAUGACUCCAAGAUGAUGAUCAAGCGAUUUCCUCAGUGCUUAGGGUAUUCCGCAGAGUCAAUGGAGAAGAAGUUUGAGUUUUUGCACGUCAAGCUAGUGCCUGAGUUGAUGGCGAUCUUCACCGAACAUCGUAUCUCAUAG